AGUAGCAGCCAUGAGGCCACUCCCUCGUCCUUCCUUCUCCACCACUCUCCUCCCCUCCUUGGUAAUAGCAUAAAUUUUACAGGCGCCGCUCUCUCUCUCUGUUCCUCAUAUCCUGCUGUAGACUUUUCUACACUAUUGUCUCUACAAAUAUAUUUAGAUCCUACCAGAAUUCAAAUCAACAAAAUAUAAAUAUGUUGGAGAAUUCAUCACAGUUUCCCCAUUGGCUUUUCGCCCUCUUGACAGACAAGUUCUUCAACGCCUGCUUAAUUCAUGAGGAUGUUAAGAAGAAUGAAAAGAAUGUCUUUUGCUUGGACUGUUGUGAAGGCCUUUGCCCUCACUGCCUCUCGCUUCAUCGCUCCCACCGCCUCUUACAGAUAAGAAGAUACGUUUAUCAUGAUGUAAUAAGGCUAGGGGAUGCUGAGCAAUUGAUGGAUUGUGGUCGUGUUCAAUCUUACACUACUAACAGCGCAAAAGUCGUAUUUUUAAAUCAAAGGCCCCAGACAAGGCCAUCCAGAGUCUCUGGCAAUCUCUGCAUCACCUGUGACAGAGCCCUGCAAGACUCAUACCUCUUCUGUUCUCUGUGUUGCAAGCUUCAACAUGUACUGAGAACUGGGGCUGAGCUCUCAAAGUCUAUUCGCAAGUAUGAGCUAAUUGCGUGGCCAGAACCGGGAUUGGACGAUGGCCAUAUGACUCCUGACUCGGUGCUUGAAACGGACGGUUCAGAGAGAACCGAAUCCGGUUCUAGCAGCGGCGGUGGUGCUGCCGCCUUAGCGGACUGUUUGAAUCUUUCAUGUACAGCCACGACGGAGGUUGUGAGGAAGAAGAGAAGCAAUGUGUCGGGGUUCCGAUCUGCAUUUCGACCAGUUUCGGAAAUCUCAGAGGCUACGAUGAACCGGAGGAAGGGUACUCCACACCGGUCUCCACUUUAUUGAUUUGCGUACGGACUAGUGAUGAAAGGGUAUGGAAGAGGGAGUGGGGGAUUGACGCGUGACAGAAUUUGUAUUUUAUUUUUUGUUUUUAAGGACAUUUUAGGAUCAAAAUUUGAA